AUGGGUGUACACGGCUGGCUGGAGUGGCUGACUCAGUACGACUCUCCGAAAUACAUACGUAUUCAGAGUGUUAAAACUGGAUUCGUGAAAUGCAUCUUUUACGCAACCUUCGCUUUGUCUAUUUUUUCUAUAGUCAUCGCUUAUAGACUCUAUCAGGAAACAGAUGAAGUUAACAGCUCAGUACGCACUAGUGUGAAGGGAGUGGCUUACACAAAUGACAGGAUUUGGGAUACAGCGGAAUACACUAUACCAAUGCAGGCAAUAAACUCUUUUUUCGUAAUGACCAACAUCAUUAAGACAGAGAGUCAGACUGAGGAGACGUGCCCUGAGUAUCCCUUCCCCAAAGCUAUCUGCUCUUCAGACAAGUCCUGUGAAAAAGGGAGUGUAGAUAUCCACAGUCAUGGAAUUCAAACAGGAAGAUGUAUGAAUUAUAAUGCAACUGUUAAAACCUGUGAGGUCAGGGCAUGGUGCCCUGUGGAAUCCAUGCAACCACCCCCUGAGCCUGCUGUUCUGAGGAGUUCUGAAGACUUCACUGUGCUAAUAAAGAACAACAUUCACUUCCCAAAAUUUAAUUACACCAUACUAAAUAUGCCACCAAAUUUAAAUACUUCCUGCACAUACAACAAGAUAACUUCCCCGCUCUGUCCAAUUUUCCGUCUGGGAGAUAUCCUUCAGGAAGCAAAAGAGAAUUUUUCUGAAGUGGCAGUAAAGGGAGGAAUCAUUGCCAUUGAGAUUAACUGGGACUGUAACUUGGACAGCUGGUUUUACCACUGCAGACCAAAGUAUGAUUUCCGCCGCCUUGAUGACAAAAAAAUAAAGCCUGGAUUCCAUUUCAGAUAUGCAAGGUACUACAAGCUACCACAUGGAAAGGAGCAGAGAACCCUUUUCAAAGUCUAUGGAAUACGGUUUGACGUCCUUGUCUUUGGCACAGGUAGAAAAUUUAACAGCAUUGAACUCAUUAAAAACAUUGGGUCCAUGAUCUCCUAUUUUGGUUUGGUUGUGACUGCCAUUGAAGUUGCUAUUUAUUUAGGUAAUUACUCCAGAUGCAGCAAAUCACCAUUGUACAAAAUUUACAACGGGAAAAAGUAUGAGACUGUGCUGAAUCCAAGACAGGUAAUGUUUGUGUCCUAUGUUGAUGAGCCACAUGUUACCUUGAUAAAGAAGCCUCUGAAAACAAGCUUGCAGGAUGCUCAAGGCAGUAUUGUUGAGAGCCACCCUGUGAAAUUCUGUGAUGCUGGCAGCUACUGCACCAGUCAGUCUGACGAGAACCGUGAUAAUGAAUACGAGCUGGGACAACCUCUCAGACAAGGGGCCUCUUCCCCACACUGCCAGAAGUGGUGCUGCUGUGGCAAAUGCCAGCCAACACAGGAGUACCAUGAGCAGCUCUGCUGCCGAAGGAAAAACGGGCAGUGCAUCACAACUUCCCAUUGGUUUCAGCAGCUGGUGUUGUCCAAUCACACCCUGCAGAAAGCCCUUCUCUACAAAGAUCCCUUUCUGGACUUGACCAAUUGCAAUAUCAACAACCAGCUGCGUCACCUUGCUUACAAGCAAUACAUUAACUGGCGCUUUGGCUCUUUUGACUUGGAAGAUCGAGCUGUCAUCCCAAGCUGCUGCAGGUGGAAAAUUAGAGAUACUUAUCCCAACGCAGACAAUAACUAUACUGGUUUUAAGAUAGACUGAGGAUGUAGAACAACUUGAGCUUACACUGUGACUCACCGUGGGCAUUUAACCUUUGUUUUCUUUCACAGACCUUUCAAGAAAAAAAAGAGAAGAAAGCGUGCAACUUCCCAAAAUCUUCGGUAGCACAGCUGAAUAUAUAUAUAUAUACUGUAUACUGUCUUUGGAGAGGCACAAGUGCCUCCUGCUCAGCAUUGAGGAACAGAUGCCUUGACCUCAAGUGCUUGCUUCUGCCUGUGCUUCAUUCUGUGAGUCACCCCAUGUGGUUUGGAAAUGUAGGCUCUGGGGUCAAUUCUUAGGGCUACAUUUUAGUGGGAGGUUCCAGGCCUCCUGCCUUCGCACUGGUGCAUGCCAGAGUCCCAGCUGAGUCAGGAGAUGACCAGCACCCUGAAAAUAAGAUGGAGCCAAGAGUCAUCUCAAAGCAUUACCCCUGAAGAAAGGAAGUCUAAAAGAGAUACUGCUUGAAAAUGUGGUCCUGAGCAUUUUCCUCCCCCAGCCUCACCACCUUUCUGCAGCCCUGGAUCAAGAGGCUCUAGAAAGAGGCCACUGACCGUGUAGUUUCAUAACUCACCAUUGAAGGCCUCACGGUCCGUCCUGAUUAAACAGGCUCAUUCUAGAUGAUUUCAGUGACACAGACAAAAGCCCAGCGGCUCUCUUUUUAUUACUCCUUUUAACUUGAACUCAGGAAUUACAAUGAAAAGUACUUUUACCAUCUUUGUGUAGUAUUUUUGGGCAUACUGCUCACUGCAGGGGGGCUGGACUAGAUGACCUCUAAAGGUCCCUUCCAACUCAAAACAUUCUAUG